AUGAAGGUCAUUAUUAUUGGCGCUGGCCUUGGUGGUCUUACCGCCGCUUACGCCUUGGCUAAAAGCGGACACGACGUGCAAGUCCUUGAGCGCAGCUCCAAGCUCAACCCUACAGGAGGCGGCAUCAGCAUCCGGCCGAGCGCAAGCAAGGUCAUCCAAAGCUGGGGUCUUCAGCAGACCUUGGAGCAAAUCAGCGACAGAUCGCCAUACGUGAGCUAUCGCGAGCUCAACACCGGAGAGGUCCGAACCACCGUCGUCGAUGACCCCAAACAUGCCGACUGGGGCACCACCAGGCGGGCCAUGGUCAAGUUUCUGUACAAAUUUGCAACCGAUGCUGGAGCCCGCGUUCGCCUAGGCGCAGCCGUGACUCGAGUUUCCGACGACGCGACUCGAGCUUCUGUGACGCUGGAAGGCGGAGAGGAGCUAUCCGCCGAUCUGGUCGUGGGUGCGGAUGGCAUCAAGUCAUAUACUCGUCGAAGCGUCUUGUCAGACCUUGGCUCUCCCGAGCAAUGGGAGCCCAUUGUCGACCACACGACGUUCUACGGCUUCAGCGUGGCAGCAACCGAUUUGGCCAGCGACCCCAGCUCGACGAAGCUGACGGAGAACACAAACAUCAACACCUGGAAGGGCGAAGGCGGCUUCGUAGUGACUCGCUAUAGCGCUAAAUUUAAUCGCGUGGGCCUCCUGUUUGCCAUCCAGGGAGAAACUGACCAGAAGGGCCUCUGGGACGAGAACGGCGACAUCGAGCAUGUGCGUCGCUUCUUUUCCUCGUCGUGCAGCGACAUGAUCAAGGCCUUGAAACUCGCCGACGCCUGCGAUCGCUGGAGAGUUGCCGAGGUGCCGAAUCUCCCUCGCUGGUCGAGCAAGGCUGGCCGAGUCGUGCUGCUGGGCGAUGCCGCCCACGCAAUGCAUCCCAACGCCGCUCAGGGGUACUCGACCAUCAUCGAAGAUAUUGGCGUUCUGCAGCUCCUCUUGUCUAGGUCUGCAGAAGCCACGGUGCCGGAGGUGGUCAAUGUCUGGCAGGCGAUUUGCAAGCCCAGAGCAGAGCGAGUCAAGGAGUUCUCGCGGUGGAACACCAAGCAUCUGUCUGGAAGGACUGAGCAUGCCAUUGGCGUUUCUCACGCAGACAGCGUGCUUGAUGGGGUUGUACCGGAUGGAGAUGCGGAGUUUAGCAGCCUGGAAUUUUGGAAGUGGAAUGUCGAGUAUGAUGCUCUUGCUGAGGCAAAGAAGUAUCUUGAAAAGAACAAGAGCCUCUCAAAACUAUAA